UAACCAACAUUAGCAAAUAUGACUGUAACCUCAGACUCAUCACCCUUGCCAAUAAUAGAGACAAUACCUCUUGGCGAUCAUUUACCAACUUCUGAACGUGUUGUUUAUAAACGGAAUCCAGUGAUAGAUGGUAUAAUUGAUUUCAGUGGUGGAACUGCAGGUGGUUUUGCCUCAGUUUAUGUUGGCCAAUCACUGGACACAGUUAAAGUAAAAAUGCAGACAUUUCCUACACUUUACAAAAAUGCAUUUGACUGUUUUGUUAAAACAUACAAACAAGAUGGUAUUGCUAGAGGACUAUAUGCUGGCACAGUGCCAGCUCUAGCUGCUAAUAUAGCUGAAAACUCCGUUCUGUUUAUGUUUUACGGCAUUUGUCAGAAAGGAAUGGCUUAUUUAGUUAGUAAAGACAGUACGUUUCAUCUAAAUCCAUUAGAGAAUGCCUUGUCUGGUGGUUGUGCAGCUUUCUUCUCCUCCUUCACUCUAUGUCCAACAGAACUAGUAAAAUGUCGUCUGCAAGCAAUGAGGGAGAUGGCAUCACAGGGUAAACUUGAAGGUGGCAUGAACAGAUUAAAAAUAGGCCCCUUUGGGUUGACAAAGGAGAUCUUAAGGCAGGAAGGUAUAAGAGGCCUGUUUAAGGGCCUCACUGCAACAUUUAUGAGAGAAAUACCUGGGUAUGUGUUCUUCUUUGGAGGGUAUGAAGUCUCAAGACAUCUUUUAACACCAGAGGGCAAAACUAAAGAUGAAAUAGGGCCAGUAAAGACAAUAAUAUCAGGUGGUAUUGGAGGUGUGGCCUUGUGGACAGCAAUAUUUCCAGCUGAUGUUGUAAAGUCACGUGUACAAGUAGCUAGUACAGUAGGAACUAUAGAACCAACAUUUAGAACUGUAAUAAAACAAAUAUACAAAGAAGAAGGAAUUUUGGCAUUAUACAAAGGACUCGGCCCUACAGUAUUACGUACAUUUCCAGCAACUGGUGCCUUGUUCCUUGCCUAUGAGACAACCAAGACUUGGCUUGGAUAUGGUGCAGACAAAUUUCUGUGAUAAUAAAAGAGAUUUAUGCCUUUUAGAAAGAUAUAUAACUAUACUUAACAAAUCUGAGUUGGAAAAUUGUCUUAGUUUACAUCAGCUAACAUUCAGGCAAGUGUGCGCCUGAAUGCACUGUAAUGAUACCUUGUUUAGGUUUGACAUUGCUUUAUCUGGUUUUACAAUUUAUUUUUACACAGAAAACUAUUGUAUCAUUGAAGAUACAAAGUUUUGCCCACAACCAAAGAAUAAAAGACACAUUAUUAGGUUGACAUUUAAGUUUUAUUUCCUGAAACUUUUUUUCAGCGGUUACUACCCUGUUGUUUAAAACCCCCUUUCUGACCUAGAAAUUUUUUAUGAAAUAAUUUAACAUGAUUCUUUAUUUCUGUAACUAUUUCAAUUUGUCUGGAAAUAAUAAUAAUGCAAAAUCUGUAAAGAAAUCGAUUUCAGUAUUUCUGUAAGUGCAAAACUUUGCUAGCUCCAUCAUAGAUUUUAUUUACAUAAAUCAGAAUAGUAAUUUUCAAUAUUUUCUUUGCUAACAUGAUUUUAUGAACAGGGCUUUCAGGGUAUUAGUUGGAUGAGAGAAUUAACUGACCUAUUGUCAUACAUUUGUUAUGUAUUUUGUUACAAGAUUUGUUUUGUUGCUUUGAUAUUUUAAGUAAAUACAAAUAUAUUAGGUUAUUAGUAAAUCUUUCUCCUCGUUUUUUUAAGUGCUUUUAUAUCUUUACUCUUGUUACAGUGAUAACAUUUUAGUAAUUACAAUAUAUGAGAUUUUUUAAUGUUUAAAAAGUGCUAUUUUUAUAUUCUAUCUAAAGAGUUAUACCCAUUAACCCAUUACAUACUGAAUAUCUUAAAUGGACUAACCAAUCUUUUAAUCUGGAUAAAACCGUUCAUUUUUAGGGAAAAUUUCAAUAUAAGUACUGACAGGAUAGUGAACAAUGCAGACCAUGAUCAGACAGCAUGGAUGUGCCAGCUGAUCUUGGAUUGUACUGGUCACAUGGGUUAGAAUCUGUAGCUGCCAGUAUCAGCUUAGGGUUAUAAGUUUCUAAAAGUAUACGGUAGAUUCAAGAUAUCAUUUUUUUGUGCUGCAUGCAAAAAAAAGAGAGUAAAGAACUGCACCUGAUAGAAAAAAAGGUAUUGUUUGUGUUCUUCCUUUAGUGGGUGUAUCUAGCUGUGAUGUGUUGAAGUACAAUAAUAUUGUAUUUGUAAAUUAUCAUCACAAUCACGUAUUAGUAUACUGGAUACUCGUUAAUAAUAACAUCCCAAUAGUGUUACAUUUUCCUAAAGGGGGUGUUAAUUAAAGUAUAAAAAAGUUAAAUAUUGUCGAAAUAAACAUUUUUUUCCCCUGUUUUUGUGUUAUUUUCUGCCUGAUUAAAUAUUCCAGAAGCACCAGCUGUAUUUAAAUAGUGUUUAUUUACUUGUAUUGAUAAUAAAGCAGUAAUUCAGGGUGGGUAGGGGAUGCAUUUGUUAGAAAAUAUACAGUAUAAGAUAAAGGAA